AUGACAGUCCAACAUGGGGCUGACUCCCGCCUUUCUUUUGACCAGGAGACGCAUUCCUGGAUCCAGCGACUGCAUGAAGCAUGGUCCAAUGAUGGCCCCCCAUCCACUUUCGCCGCCCUCCGAGACGAUCUCUUGGGUCAAGUUGAGCAUCUCGACAUACGCAUCUCCACCCUCAGCUCCCUGGCUGAGAUAAUCGGCUUUCACGGCCACGGAACAGACCCUGACUCCCGAUGGAACGAGCUUCUGGCUACGGCCAGUCUAUUCAGGUCGCGCAUUAAAGGCACGGGUCGGAAACGGAAACGUGCAUACAACGAGACCAACCGUCUCCGAAACCUUGCCCUGAUUUCUGCCCUCUGGUCGCCCGCCGUGGUUUUCCAUUAUGGUUGGAACGAAGCCAGCCAGGUCCAAAUGAACAUGCUGCGAGCCUGCGCGGCGACCUAUCCUCGUUUCUUCGUCGACUUGCUUCCCCGUUUGAACACCGUCUUGCUGGCCCGCCAUUGUCAGGGCAUCCAAGACUGCAGGGUUAAGACCCUAAACGAGGCACCGCUCCAGCCGCACAGAGAUCUGGAUCUCAUAACCCUGGCCUUGGCGGUCCCCAACGUCAUGGCCCAGGACCAAUGGGUAACCAGUGAGGAUGGCCUCGUUCCUAUUGAUGAGGCUGGUACAUUACUCAAAAGUGCACGGCCGAGCCAUCAUGAAAUCUAUCUUCUCCGAAGGGACAGGUACGGCCUGCUCACAGCUCGAGGUGAGGAAGGCGCUCCGUCCUCGCCGCUGGACGUAGCCAUAGAUGCAGAUCCCAACGUGUAUUUUACCUCUGGUAAUCCUUCCAUCCCGGCUUUUCAAUACCAAGCCUCACCGAAAAAUACGCCAAGCUUGGAUGUCGGUCACCGUGAUUUGCGAUCAUGCCCCUUGAACGUACCCAUGACCCCCCCUGUGCUGCUUCCAGAGACACAGCAUCCACACUCAAUUGGCACGACAAGAUCAGAUCCAGCAGCCGUACGCUCAUCCACAUUCUCAUCCAGAAGUCCAUCUACCGAGGCGACAUCAAUCACUCCCUCAACUGCACACAUGUUUCCGAGUGAAAGGUGCGACCGUUCACAUGAGCAAGGUUGGGACGCAUUGGUGGACGUAUUUACCCCAACUUUUGCUUCAGACAUUGAUUUAUUCAAUUCAUGCGACCUUCCUGAUACAUUUGAAUGGGUAACAGGAAAUUCUGCUGAUGCUCCAAGUUCGAACAUGCCGUCAGCCAACCACCGCCCGGAUCUAGGUGGGAGGUUAUCCCAUUCCACCUCACCCGCCUGUCCAACGCAGGAUAUGAGUGUACAAGACUUGCGCAUAGAGUCGCCUCCGGUACUCCCGAGUCAGGGCCCUUUGACGGUGGAAGAGAGCCUCCAUAAUCGCUAUCGCGACUUGAUCAUGGCACACAUCCAGAUAGCCGGGACCGGGACCGGGGAUCAGCAGAACCAGCGAAAUCACUGUACGCAAUGGCUCAGUCCUUCCACUAGGUGGGCAUCAGUAUGGACAAAACCGGACAGCAAGCUACCUCGUGGCGGAGCAAUGUCGCGCGCAGAAGCGGACAUAUUUUAUCUGAGUUCCGAUGAGGCCUUGGCAGCAGGGCAGAAGGGCGAAGUCCUCCGUAAACCUGUUGUCGUCAAGGAAACGUUCUCCGAUUCUGGUAUGCACACUAUACAAGAAUUUGCAACGCUUUGGCGUGACACCAAGACAGACGCGUCCGUCGACACCUGCUUGCUUGAACACCGAUCCCCAGCAGCUCCACACAACGAGUCUCUCAUGGCCAUACUCUGCACAGUGCAUCACGAUCGGAGUUUCAGCACUGCCGAUCUUCGCAACGUCACUCGGUCGCACCGACCAGUUUUUACAAUGCUCCCACGCUUUCGCCUAUUUGACAGUCUUGCAGAGAGAGUCCAAGACGCAAUUGUAGGUAGAGCAUCCGAAGUAGCUACAGAAAGAUCGGAAGGAAGAGCAACAGCAAGAAAUGGCUCAAACGAAGAGAUCAUUUCAAGACUCAUCAGUCUGGUAAGUAGAGACUCUACAUUCAAUGCCCUAAGCCUCGCCGGCGCCUCUUCCGGCACACGAGUCGUCGCCAUGGGUGGUAUGUGGUUACGAAACUUGGACGGCGUCAUGUUGUGCACGUUUGUCUCGGAAGAGACUGCUAUCGCAGAGGCAGAGGGUCUCGCUGAGAUGGGAAGAAACUGGACUCCAAACGGAAGACAUAAACUCUUUGUUCUCGAGCAGGAUGACGUACUGUUUAUCCCGCCAGGAAUACGCUUGGCAUAUGUAGUGCAUUCUCCGACUAAUAACCUCAUGGAAGGCGGCAAUCUCUGGGACAGUCUGAAUAUUGUCGAAGUUCUACAUGCUGUUCAUUGGGCAUAUACACACCGUCUGGCACUGGCCGACCCCAUUGCUGAACAGCUUCCGCACUUCCUCACUGAGCUUGAGGUGCUCGUGAAACACCAGCUAGAAUAUUUCCGAGGUCCAGAGACUGAGAAGGAUUUCUUGCACUUGUUUGAGCUGGCUAUCUCCAAGCUCGCAUCACUGGGACUCUAG